AUGUAUGUUGGUGGUGGUUAUCGGAUUAUUAGUGCUCUACCAUCUCAGUUGUACAUGAACCUAAUGAAUCAACUUCCAGUGAGUUUGUAUGGUCAGAGAGUAUGGUACAAGCUUCCAUUUGAAGAUCUGAAGUCUCGUAAACAGUUGGCUAAUGGAGAUGACAAUUUCAAGAAGAUGUGUGAGGCAGCAAUGUGGAUUAACCAAAUGGACAUAUAUGUGGAGGCUGACAUCGAAAGUGCAGGGAGUGAGAGAGAUGAGUUUGAGGGAGAUGAGUCUGAUACAGAUGAGAGUGAUCACAAUGAGUAUCAGUUUGAGGAGGAAGCAAGGGUUGAGCAAAAUGUGGCGGAUUUUGUUGAUGAAGAAAUAGAUUUGUAUGCUACACCUCCAUGCUCUGACAACGAAGAAAAUGAUGUGAGAGGAGAUUAUUUCAGUUACAAGAAGGGCAGUGGUGAACUGAAGUUAAAUCAAGCCUUUGAUAGCUUGAAAGAUUUUAAAGAAGCAAUGGUGGAUUAUGUGUUAAAGCAAGGAUGGAAUGUGAAAUACACUCGCUGGGACAAAGAUAAAUCUGGGCUUUGUUGUGCAAGUGAAACUGAAGAAGGAGAUGAAGAGUGUAAGUGGAAGAUUUACUGUUCUUAUGAACGCCCAUUACAGAAAUGGUUGGUUAAAACUUAUGUGAAGGAUCACAGUUGCCAAAAGAGUGGGUAUUCUAGAAUAAUUAAUCAAGAGGUUAUUGCUAGGCUUUUUGUGAAUGAUGUGAGGGACAAUCCGAAGUUUAUGCCUCAAAAUAUCCAGCACCAGAUUCACAAGCGAUGGGAUCUCACUGUAACAAUAGACCAGUGCAGAAAUGCAAGAGCAAGGGCUUUUGAGAUGAUUCAAGAGGAGCAUGACUUACAAUUCUCAAGACUAAGAGACUACCGCCUUGAACUUUUAGAGUUUUAUGUGUGUUUUGAUGCACUGAAACAGGCAUGGUCAUCACACUGUCGACCUAUUUUUGGUCUUGACGGUUGUUUCUUGAAGUGCACAAGCAAAGAUCAGCUAUUAGCUGCGGUUGGAAGAGACGCAAACAAUCAAAUGUUCCCUAUUGCGUGGGCUGUAGUUGAUGUCGAGAAUGAAGACAACUGGAUGUGGUUCCUUCAGAAAUUGCAAAAAGAUUUAGAUCUGAAAGAUGGUGAUGGUUUCACAGUGAUAUUCGAUAGAGCAAAGGGAUUAUGGAAUGCUGUGGGCGCUUUGUUGCCUAAGGUUGAACAUAGAAUGUGUGCUAGACACAUCUAUGCAAACCUAAAGAGGAAUCAUCCACACAGGGCUGACAUGAAAGGUUUAUUCUGGAAGGUUGCAAAGAGCUACAACAUCGCACAAUACAACAAAAGUUUGGAGAAGGUAAAGGCUUAUGACAUGCAGGUCUUCGACUCAAUGAUGCAGAAGAAUCCAAAAAAUUGCAGCCUUGCUUUCUUCAGUCCAUCAUCUUCAUGUGACGAUGUAAGCAACAACGUAUCUGAGUCAUUUAAUCAUGCAAUUGAUCCUGCAAGAUCUAUGCCAUUGGUUGAAAUGCUAGAGACAAUAAGGAGGAGAGCAAUGCUUUGUAUGGAUGCAAGAAAGCGGAAAGCAAUGAGUCACCGAGGCAAGUUCAGUAUUAAAGCCCAAGAGAUAGUCGAUAAAGAGCAGAAAAAGAUCAAACAUUGCAAGGUUUUUCCGGCUGGUCAUGAGAUGUAUGAGGUCAGGGACAAGAAGUCAGCUUUCAAAGUUAAUAUGGUGUUACAUACUUGCACAUGUCGGAAGUGGGAUAUGUCAGGACUACCUUGCCGUCAUGCUUUGAAGAUCAUUUCAGACAAGAAACGCAAACAAGAAGACUAUAUGUCUCACUGCUAUCUGACAUCUAAGUGGAGAAAUCAAUACAAUAUACCUAUUAAAGCAGUCCGUGGUGUGAACUUUUGGGCAAAGUCUGAUGAAGCUGUGAUUGUUCCACCACCAAGAGACGAAACAGAGUCAUCUAAGGGAAAAAAGAAAACUCAGAAAAGAAUCAAAGGUAGGAAUGAGUCACCGACUAAGAAGAAGAAAAAGAAAAAAGAGAUGGUAACGUCUCCAACUAAGGUCUCAAGAGAAAGAAGAAUCAUACAUUGUGGAAGAUGUCUAGGUGUUGGACAUAACGCCAGAAAUUGCCAUAGUAUUGUAGCUGGCGCAAAGCCACGACCACCAAGAAAGAAGAAGGUGUCCGAUGAGGGAUCAAGUCAACCAAUGCAAAGCCAAGUCAUUGACUAA